GCAGCGCGGGUUGUGUGAAUGAUAUUUCGCGGGAGAUCAGCAGCUAGCUGCAGGUUGUCUGCUGUCAACACGAACAAUAACAGUCUCUAAACUCAUAACGCGAUGAGUUUGUGGGUGGACAAAUAUCGACCGACUUCCCUCGGGAAACUAGACUAUCAUAAAGAACAAGCAGUUCAGCUGAAAAAUCUGGUUCAAUGUGGCGACUUCCCACACUUGUUGGUGUACGGUCCAUCGGGUGCGGGGAAGAAGACCCGCAUCAUGUGCCUGUUGAGGGAGCUGUAUGGAGCUGGGGUGGAGAAGCUUCGCAUUGAGCACCAGACCAUCGUGGCUCCCUCAAAGAAGAAAAUCGAAAUCAACACAAUAGCCAGCAACUAUCACUUGGAAGUAAACGCAAGUGAUGCAGGAAACCAGGACCGUGUGGUGAUUCAAGAGCUGAUUAAAACCGUGGCUCAGUCUCAGCAGAUUCAGUCAAGCACCCAGAGAGAGUUUAAAGUGGUGUUGCUCACAGAGGUGGACAGGCUCACGAAGGACGCCCAGCAUGCUUUGCGUCGAACAAUGGAAAAGUACAUGGCCACCUGCCGUCUCAUCCUCUACUCUAACUCCACCUCCAAAGUCAUCGGGCCGAUUCGGAGUCGUUGUCUGGCCAUCAGAGUUCCUCUGCCCAGCACAGAAGAGGUCUGUAACGUUCUAACAUCAGUCUGUAAGAAGGAGGGUCUGCUCCUCCCACCCGAGCUGGCCAAGCAGAUCAGCGAGAAGUCUGGCCGCAACCUUCGCAAAGCCCUUUUGAUGUGUGAGGCCUGCAGAGUGCAGCAGUAUCCAUUCUCAGUGGACCAAGACGUCCCAGAGACGGACUGGGAGGUUUACCUCAGAGAAACAGCGAACGCCAUCGUCAGCCAGCAGAGCCCUCAGAGGUUGUUGGAGGUCCGAGCCCGGCUGUACGAGCUGCUGACUCACUGCAUCCCUCCUGACAUCAUCAUGAAGGGCCUGGUCACAGAGUUGCUGAGUAACUGCGAUGGCCAGCUGAAGACAGAGGUGGCCCACAUGGCAGCUUACUACGAACACAGACUGCAGCUGGGCAACAAAGCUAUCUACCACCUAGAGGCCUUCACAGCCAAGUUCAUGGCCAUCUACAAGAAGUUCAUGGAAGAUGGUCUGGAUGCCAUGAUGUUUUGACUCUGAAUGGACUCAAAUACAGAUACUUUUCCCCAACAAGGUUCAAUCGCCCUUAUUGGUUUACUGAUAUGUCGCCUUUUCGCCCGAACAACUGUAUCAGUGACUUAAAGAAUCAGAAUUACAUCUGUAUUUUUUAAGGCAUCAUGGUGAUAAUGACACAUUUGACCUCACCAACUUGGCACUAUUAUAAAAUGUGUAAACCUUGAAUUGUUGCUCCAGUGGUGUAAAAUAUUAAAUACUAAAAUAGCAGUUUUGAUAGUGGCGGUAGCAGGUAAUCGUUUGUAAAAAUGUACAUCAUAACAUUACAAUAAAGUUCUUGUUUACAAAGUG